AUGGUAGCGAUUACUACAUUUCAAAAUAGUAUUAAUAAUGAAGUUAUUUCUCAUCCUAAAAAGGAACCAAAACUUGGAAAUUUUAUUUAUUUGCUUUCCGGAAUGGCUGUUAUUGGGGGAUUUCUUUUUGGUUAUGAUACAGGAAUUGUUUCUGCAGCAAUGCUUUAUGUACCACAAAAUAAUGAUCUUAAACCUAUGGGAAAUUUGUGGAAAGAAGUUAUUGUUUCUAUUACACCUGGAAUGGCUGGUAUGAUUAUUUUGUCAACAAUUAUUUUUGCUGUUGGAGCUUUUGUUUGUGCAAUUGGAAUAAGUAAAUGGAUUUUAUUAAUUGGAAGGAUAUUAUUAGGGAUUGCUAUUGGAUUUGCUUCAAUGAUUGUACCAAUAUAUGUGGGAGAAUGCUCACCGGCACAUAUUAGAGGAAAACUAGUCACCGGAUUUCAAUAAAUAUUUGUUUAUGUCGUAACAAAUGUCUGUCCAAAUGUCAGUACAGGCAUUUGGACUCGAGGGGAGCAUGCCCGUACUUGAGAAUUUUUUCUCCAAUUUUGCUAGAGAUUUAACUCAACCUUUAAUCUGAGGGCAGGUCUCUGGUAUCGGAAUAAAUAGUGUAGCGGUUAGAUCGGGGUUUUUCUUAAAAAUAGUUGGGCUCUGUGUUUUUAAUGCUAAAUUUGUUAUUUUUUAUUUAUUAAAUAAU